CGACAUUUAUAUGAUUGUGCGCUAAUUACGCUCCACUAUCAGAGAUCAAGCGCCAACAAGAUUCUCGCGCUCCAGGUGUGCCAGGAAUAUAUAUCCCCGUUAACAUUAGUAUUACCUGACACACAGUUCUUUCAGAACGCUCUUGAACACUAGAGAGCUAAACGUACCUUAGAUAUGAAAGCUGCAAGCAUACUUCUCGUCACUUUAGCUGGCGUGUUAAUUCUGCUAGUUCGAGUACGAGGGGACAUUAAACGAGACUGUCGUCAACAAACGAAAGUUUCCUGGGAUUCUUUGAAACAAUUAAAGGCCGGUAACGUUGAGCAAGAUGACAUGAGAUUGAAAUGUUAUUUAAAGUGCUUCAUGAUGAAAAGCGGUAUUCUUAACAAAGACAACACUAUCGAUCUCGAAAAAGCCCUACGUCAUUUGCCGCGUAGUAUGCAGGAAUCGUCGAGAAGGAUUCUCAAUCGAUGCAAAUCAAUCCCCGCGGACAAUGCCUGCGACAAGGCUUUCCGAAUUGCCACGUGUUACGUUAAGGAGCAACCCGAAAUCUUGAAAAGCGCAGCAUUCGUUUGAAAAUCUACAAUUGCUGUGCAUAUUCAAGCAAUACAGAGUCAAGCAAUCGCGUCGUACAAAAUAUAAACGGGAGCAGUGCAGUACGGAUUAGCCAGAAAUGUAAAAUGUAUCACUUGUAUCAUUGAAAGGAAAAGAAGGGAA